CAAGGGACCAGCAGGUGCAGCCUGGUGGCGGUGCUCUCGUGUGGCAGCAGGCGGCAGCGGCACAGCCAUGCCCAGGUACACGGUGCACGUGCGCGGGGAGUGGCUGGCCGUGCCCUGCCAGGACGCGCAGCUCACGGUGGGCUGGUUGGGCCGCGAGGCCGUGCGGCGCUAUGUCAAGAACAAGCCGGACAACGGCGGCUUCGCGUCGGUGGACGACUUGCGUUUCCUUGUGCGACGGUGCAAGGGACUGGGCCUGCUGGACAAUGAGGACCCGCUGGAAGUGGCCCUAGAGGACAACGAGUUCGUGGAAGUGGUUAUAGAAGGCGAUGCAAUGUCUCCCGACUUCAUUCCAUCUCAGCCAGAAGGAGUGUACCUAUACAGCAAGUACCGGGAGCCCGAAAAGUACAUCGCCUUAGAUGGGGACAGUCUGACCACAGAGAAGCUGGUCAGCUUGGGAAAAGGACACUACAAAAUAAAGCUCACCCCAACUGCUGAGAAGAGGGUUCAAAAAUCCAGAGAAGUCAUAGAUAGCAUCGUGAAGGAGCAAACAGUUGUUUACGGCAUCACUACAGGUUUUGGGAAAUUCGCCAGAACUGUAAUUCCUAUCAACAAGCUACAGGAGCUUCAAGUCAACUUAGUACGCUCACAUUCUUCAGGUGUUGGGAAACCAUUAAGUCCUGAGAGGUGUCGGAUGCUCUUGGCUUUAAGGAUCAAUGUUUUAGCCAAAGGAUACAGUGGCAUUUCCCUGGAGACCCUCAAACAAGUUAUCGAAGUAUUUAAUGCCUCCUGUCUAUCCUACGUCCCAGAGAAAGGAACCGUCGGUGCCAGUGGAGAUCUUGCCCCACUCUCUCAUCUCGCUCUUGGGCUCAUUGGAGAAGGGAAGAUGUGGUCUCCAAAGAGUGGCUGGGCUGACGCUAAAUAUGUUCUGCAAGCCCAUGGAUUGAAACCAGUUGUUUUGAAACCAAAAGAGGGUUUGGCGCUUAUCAAUGGGACUCAGAUGAUCACCUCUCUGGGCUGUGAAGCUAUAGAGAGAGCCAGUGCCAUAGCACGGCAAGCGGACAUCGUGGCAGCUCUGACUCUCGAGGUUCUGAAGGGCACCACUAAAGCCUUUGAUACUGACAUUCACGCCGUUCGCCCUCAUCCUGGACAAAUUGAAGUUGCUUUUCGAUUUCGGUCACUCUUGGACUCAGAUCACCACCCAUCAGAAAUAGCAGAAAGUCACAGGUUCUGUGAUCGCGUUCAGGAUGCAUACACCUUGCGCUGUUGUCCCCAGGUCCAUGGUGUGGUGAAUGAUACAAUAGCAUUUGUGAAGAACAUCAUUACUACAGAACUAAACAGUGCAACAGAUAAUCCUAUGGUCUUUGCCAGUAGAGGAGAGACAAUUUCUGGAGGAAACUUCCAUGGUGAAUAUCCAGCCAAAGCCCUGGAUUAUUUAGCCAUUGGUGUCCAUGAACUUGCUGCCAUUAGCGAAAGAAGAAUUGAAAGGCUCUGUAACCCCUCCCUCAGUGAGCUGCCAGCCUUCCUGGUGGCUGAAGGAGGUCUGAACUCUGGGUUCAUGAUUGCCCACUGCACAGCUGCAGCCCUCGUUUCUGAGAGCAAGGCUCUGUGCCACCCCUCGUCUGUUGACUCUCUCUCCACCAGCGCGGCCACGGAGGACCAUGUCUCCAUGGGAGGAUGGGCAGCGAGGAAGGCCCUCAGGGUCAUCGAGCACACAGAACAAGUGCUGGCCAUAGAGCUUCUUGCAGCCUGCCAGGGCAUAGAGUUUCUACGCCCCCUGAGGACGACCACUCCGCUGGAGAAGGUCUAUGACCUGGUGCGCUCUGUUGUCAGGCCUUGGAUAAAAGAUCGCUUCAUGGCCCCAGACAUCGAGGCAGCGCACAGGCUGCUCCUAGAGCAGAAGGUUUGGGAAGUAGCUUCACCAUACAUUGAAAAAUACAGAAUGGAGCAUAUUCCAGAAUCAAGACCUGUUUCUCCCACAGCCUUUUCGCUGGAAUCUCUGCACAGGAAAUCCAGCAAAAUUGCAGAGUCUGAGGAUCUUUAAUGGGCUUUGUGGAUUAGCAGGUUGGGUGGCAUUUAGUGUAGCACACAGCAGUAUUGUGCUGAAGGACGGGCCUGAGAACUGUCCUAAGUAGAUCAACCCAUUGUAUAACUCAGUUCUUCCAAAACCUACUUUGGUUAAGCUGGUGGCUUAGUAGCGGAGUUGCUGAAUUUGGUGUGGUGUUCUUGUUGCCGUGGUUUGAGACACACUAGGUGUUUUCAGAUUCUAGGCAUUUUCUUUCUUGACAAUAUCACUUUCAGGGGUGGGAAGAAAACCACACGGGUAUGCAUGGAUCUGUUUUUUACUCUUAGCAUGAGAUAAACUCAGAGUUGGAAACAGAUUGAUAGCAUUCUUUUCUAAAAACAUUAGACUUUUGUAAACCUUUUUGUUAAUGUUUUGUUAUUUGCUUUGGCAAGCUCUCUACCAGUUGACUUUCUUUGGCUGAUUGUACUACACCGCGAUAUGACACAUGUUCUUUAAUACGCCUUCAUAAAUAAUCAUUUAAUCACAAUUGUCUUCAAGCUACUCUUCUAUCAAUUGAAUCCGGGUAAAAAUUAGUCAACAGGUCUUAAGAAAUUAAAUACAGAGGUGGUUAAAACCAACAAGAGGUUUUGUGUGAAAAGAAGGAAUGAAUAUGAAGAUUGCUACUUGUGGCUCUUGUUGAACUGUAUAUUUCAUACUUAACCAAAUAUCACCGCCCAUAGCCCACAAGGCUUAAUUUAAUCAUAUGUUUACGUUGGCGUUUGAGGUUACUGUUUUCAUUUUCUGUGUGUUAGUACUCUAGUCACAUUCUCAUAGUAACCCUGCCUAAGAAACCUCAUUUCACAGAUAAGGAAUCCCUGGGGUUGACCAACCUCCUCUCUCUGAUGGUAAUCAUUAAAAUGAACCCUAUUGACAAAGGUGGGACCCCUGGAUGUAUUACCCAAUCUGUUCCCCACUACCACCACCACCCAGAAGAUAAAAGAGCUCUGGGAAAGCUUAAGUGUAACUGUCCAGGCUGGGUCGAAUGACCUUUUGGCCUCCCAAACCUAUGAUCUGUGACAUUGCACCUACCUGUGCAAAAUGCAAAUGUGUGCAAGGCACUCCAAAAACAGGGAUCUGAAACCACAGCUCCAAAAACAGCAGGAGGUGGACAAGGACAGAUGCAGUCUAAAAUGGCCCAAUAGUGUAUUUCACAACAGAAUUCUCACCUUUAGAUUGCAGCCUAUCCAUGGGAAAGGUGAAGACCAAAGUGAAAACUGCUGCCUACAGCAAUUCAGGGAGCAAAAUAUAUGGGGGUGCUACUUGGUGCAACACUUUGCUGAAAUGUGGAUGCACACAAGUGAAGUUGAUUCCUCCUCAUCCUUAAGCUGCUUCUGAGCCAGUAAACCCCAGCAGGAGUCUGGUGGCUCUUUACUCUGGCAUGGGGAGUGCUGGGUUUCCACUCACCCCUGCAGCCCUCCAGGCCACAAUGAUCCUUUUUAUAUAGCUCUGUUAGUAACUCACAUCACCAUGGUCAAGGGAAUUGCAAGGGAAAUGGGGAAUAAACGGUCCCAGUUGCCUUAUGUUGGUGUUUUAUUCUGAGGUUUUUGUAAUAAAAGUUUAGCACCUCUUAGGGAAAGGCUAUAAUGGCAAUUGAUCGUGUUUCUGAAAGAGUCAGUCAAGAGAUAUUAACACUGUUUGGAGAAUAUGACUGCCCCAGUAACUUCCUUUUUCCCCUUGAGUAACAGCAAGAGUUGGAGGUUCCAAGAUUCCUCCCCACCCCUUGGGCUCACCUGGGCUUCUUCCCUUGUCUCAGGGCAGUCAGAAUUUGGAGAACAUUCUCCUAAGUGAAGAGUCACAGGACUAGAACAACAAGUACUACACACACUUAGCACUUAAUCAAAACCAGUAGAUUAAUAACUGCAUGCUCACGUGAUACAAAAAUUCAGUCGAAAUCAAGUAAGGGGGAAGUGGACGGGAGGAGGUUGGGUAAAUUCCCACCCAACAGGUACCCUGCCUGGGUAUAUUGCACACUGCCCGGGUGAAGGGCACAACUAUUACUCAGAUUUUAUCUUUACAAAAGCAAACUAUGUUACCUAGCCAUAUGUACCCCUGUAUUAAUCUGAUAUUAAAAACAAAAAAAGAAAGGACGGGCCAAGGCAGAAGGGCUUUUCAAGCUCUGCUGUGUCAUGUUUGCUAAUGUCCUAUUGGCUAAAGAAGUCAUGUGCCAAGUCUGGAGUCAACUUGGGAGACUAACACCCAAAGGCAUAGGUGUGUGUUUUGGCAUCAUCCAUGGGCUAUUAUCCAACAAUCUAUCACACGUGUAACAUCCCAUACAUAACCUGGAUAUUUUGAAAAAAGAACUUUUCAUACUAUCAAUACUUUAAACUUGUGCCUCACUUUGAGGUCUAGUCACUGAAUUCAUUUCUU